AUGGGAAAAAGCCGCUCACCUAGGCCCCCAAACAGGGCCCUUUGUCCGGUGACGCUGCCAGUACCCGGAGCGCUAGAGGCCCCGUGGGUCCGCACUGCAGCGACGGGACUCCCGGAAACCCAUUGCGACCAUCCUCGGUUGUGUCGAGCUUCCCGCCAGCCCGGCCCAGCGGGUAGGAGACGCAGCAACGUGCCCCUGAGACCAACACACGGUGGGCGCGCGGAGAUGCCGGAACCUGCGCGGGCGCCAGCGAUUCUCACGCCAGUAGGCCUUCUGAUUCGGCUCAAGACGUGGGGCACGGGAUUCUCGGAGCGCGAGCGAAGUGCGCGACAACAGGGCGAGGCUCCAGCCGCUGUCUGCUUCACCGUCUGGUCCGGUUUGACCCGCUAG